AUGUCGCAGAACAGGCCUGGAGGUGUCUUCUCUGGCUUGCGCAUGGGCGAGGUAGUGAGGGAGAAGGUCCAGGAUGGCCUUACCGGCGAAACAAGAGAGAUGCAAUAUACACAAUGCAAAAUUGUUGGUAACGGAUCGUUCGGCGUGGUUUUCCAGACAAAGCUUUCUCCGAGCGGAGAGGAUGCUGCGAUUAAGCGGGUUCUUCAAGACAAACGAUUCAAGAAUCGUGAACUACAGAUCAUGCGGAUUGUGCGGCAUCCGAAUAUCGUGGAGUUGAAAGCCUUCUACUACUCGAACGGAGAGCGGAAAGAUGAAGUCUACCUCAACCUCGUCCUCGAAUACGUCCCUGAGACUGUCUACCGAGCGUCCCGAUACUUCAACAAACUGAAGACUACCAUGCCCAUUCUCGAGGUCAAACUCUACAUCUACCAACUGUUCCGAUCGUUGGCCUACAUCCACUCGCAGGGAAUCUGCCAUCGAGACAUCAAGCCGCAGAAUCUUCUGCUCGAUCCGACAACUGGAGUCUUGAAGCUGUGCGAUUUCGGAAGUGCGAAGAUCCUGGUUGAAAAUGAGCCAAACGUCUCCUACAUUUGCUCUCGAUACUAUCGCGCACCUGAAUUAAUUUUCGGUGCAACAAACUACACAACCAAGAUCGAUGUCUGGUCGACUGGUUGUGUUAUGGCAGAGUUGAUGUUGGGUCAACCUCUGUUUCCCGGCGAAUCGGGUAUUGACCAACUCGUCGAGAUCAUCAAGGUCCUUGGUACUCCGACCCGAGAUCAGAUUCGCACCAUGAAUCCGAAUUACAUGGAGCACAAAUUCCCUCAGAUCAAGCCUCACCCGUUCAAUAAGGUUUUUCGGAAGGCCUCGCCUGAUGCCAUCGACUUGAUAUCGGCUCUUUUGGAGUACACACCAACACAACGAUUGUCGGCUAUCGACGCAAUGAUUCAACCAUUCUUCGACGAAUUGAGAGAUCCGAAUACGCGUCUACCGGACUCCAGACAUGCUGGUGGUGCCUCGCGCGAGCUUCCAGCUCUCUUUGAUUUCUCUCGACAUGAACUUUCUAUCGCACCUCAUCUCAACAGCAAGCUUGUUCCACCACAUGCACGAUCACUCCUAGCUUCUAGGGGUAUUGACCUGGACAACUUCACCCCACUCUCCAAGGAUGAGAUGAUGGCUCGCCUUGAUUGAUUCACGCAAGCAAUGGCAAAAUAUUUACGAAGUCACGUCCGAGAGGAAUCUUGUUCAUCGAUACGUGCAUGUCCCUUGGCGUUCUUGCAACGUAUCGCC